AUGGCUCCGAGCUGCUGGCCCCUGCUGCCUGCACUGCUGCUGCUGCCUCUGCUGCUCUCACACAAAGUGACUUUGGCCCUUGCUGGGCCUCAGUCUUUGGAUCCUGCUCUCUCCCUUCUGAAGUCAUUCCUCUCCAGUCUGGACCAAGCUCCUCAGCGUUCCCUCAGCCAGGAACGGUUCUCUGCAUUCCUGGCCAACGUUUCUUCUUCUUUUGAGCUCGGGAGGAUGGGGGAGGGACCAGUGGGAGAGCCCCCACCUCUCCAGCCCCCUGCACUUCGACUCCAUGACUUCCUCGUGACACUGAGAGGUAGCCCAGACUGGGAGCCCAUGCUAGGGCUUCUGGGAGAUGUGCUGGCGCUCCUGGGACAGGAACAGACUCCACGGGACUUUUUGGGGCACCAGUCAGGUGUCCUGGGUGGACUUGUAGAGGUACUAUUGGGAGCUUUAGUUCCUGGAGGCGCCCCUGCUCCGACGAGGCCUCCAUGCACCCGUGAUGGGCCGUCCGACUGUGUCCUGGCUGCUGAUUGGCUGCCUUCUCUGAUGUUGUUGUUAGAGGGUACACGCUGGCAGGCCCUGGUGCAACUGCAGCCCAGUGUGGACCCAACCAAUGCCACGGGUCUGGAUGGGAGAGAACCAGCGCCUCACCUUCUACAGGGUCUGUUGGGCUUGCUUACCCCAACAGGAGAUCUGGGCUCUGAGGAGGCUCUUUGGGGUGGUCUGCUACGCACAGUGGGGGCCCCCCUCUAUGCUGCCUUCCAGGAGGGGCUGCUCCGCGUCACUCACUCUUUGCAAGAUGAGGUCUUUUCUAUUAUGGGACAGCCAGAGCCCGAUGCCAAUGGGCAGUGUCAGGGAGGGAACCUUCAACAGCUGCUCUUAUGGGGCAUGCGGAACAACCUUUCCUGGGAUGCCCAAGCGCUGGGCUUUCUCUCUGCAGCACCACCACCACCCCCUGCCCUUCUGCACUGCCUGAGCAGAGGUGUGCCUCUGCCCAGGGCUUCCCAGCCUGCAGCUCACAUCAGCCCCCGGCAGCGGCGAGCCAUCUCUAUAGAGGCCCUCUGCGAGAACCACUCGGGCCCAGAGCCACCCUACAGCAUUUCCAACUUCUCUAUCUACUUGCUCUGCCAGCACAUCAAGCCUGCCACCCCGCAGCCCCGUCCUAGCACGGCUGUCAUCUGCCAGACAGCUAUAUGGUAUGCAGUCUCAUGGGCACCACGUGCCCAAGGUUGGCUCCAGGCCUGCCAUGAUCAGUUUCCUGAUCAAUUUCUGGAUAUGAUCUGCGGUAACCUCUCGUUUUCUUCCCUGUCUGGCCCCAACCGUCGCUUGGUAAAGCAACUCUGUGCUGGUCUGCUCCCACCCCCCACCAGCUGCCCAGAAGGCUUGGUCCCUGUGCCCCUUACCCCGGACAUCUUCUGGGGUUGCUUCCUGGAGAAUGAGACACUGUGGGCUGAACGGUUGUGUGUGGAGGAGAGUCUGCAGGCUGUGCCCCCCCGGAACCAGGCAUGGGUGCAGCAUGUAUGUCAAGGUCCCACUUUGGAUCCUACUGACUUCCCACCUUGCCACGUCGGACCCUGUGGAGAACGCUGCCCGGAUGGAGGCAGCUUCCUGCUCAUGGUCUGUGCCAAUGACACCAUGUAUGAGGCCUUGGUUCCCUUCUGGGCUUGGCUAGCAGGCCAGUGCAGAAUAAGUCGUGGAGGCAAUGACACUUGCUUUCUAGAAGGCAUGCUGGGCCCCUUGCUGCCUUCCCUGCCACCUCUGGGGCCAUCCCCACUCUGUCUGGCUCCUGGUCCCUUUCUGCUUGGCAUGUUAUCCCAGUUGCCACGCUGCCAGGCCUCUGUGCCAGCCCUCACCCACCCCACACGCCUGCAUUAUCUCUUGCGCCUACUGACCUUCCUUUUGGGACCAGGGGCUGGGGGUGCUGAGACUCAGGGGAUGUUGGGUCAAGCUCUGCUGCUCUCUAGUCUCCCAGACAACUGUUCCUUCUGGGAUGCCUUCCGCCCAGAGGGCCGGAGAAGUGUGCUGAGGACAGUCGGGGAGUACCUGCAGCAAGAAGAACCCACCCCACCAGGCUUAGAGCCCACUGUCGGCCUUGGCUCUGGUCUGAGCAAGGUGGAGCUCCUCUCCUGCUUCAGCCCUGUACUGUGGGAUCUACUCCAGAGGGAGAAGAGUGUUUGGGUCCUGAAAAUUCUAGUGCAGGCCUACCUGCGCAUGCCUCCAGAAGAUCUUCAGCACCUGGUGCUCUCAGCGGAGAUGGAGGCUGCCCAGGGCUUCCUGACACUCAUGCAGGCAGCAUCCGUUUCUGUGUUUUCCCAGGUGCCGCCAUCUGAGGAGCAGGCCAUGGGUCGCCUGACAGCCUUGCUGCUUCAGCGGUACCCACGCCUCACCUCCCAGCUCUUCAUCGACUUGUCGCCGCUCAUCCCUUUCUUGGCCGUCCCUGACCUGAUGCGCUUCCCACCAUCGCUCUUGGCCAAUGACAGUGUCCUGGCUGCCAUCCGGGAUCACAGUUCAGGAAUGAAGCCCGAACAGAAGGAGGCCCUGGCCAAGCGCCUGCUGGCCCCUGAGCUGUUUGGAGAAGUACCUGAUUGGCCCCAGGAGCUGCUGUGGGCAGUGCUGCCUUUGCUUCCCUAUCUUCCACUGGAGAACUUUCUACAGCUCAGCCCUCAUCAGAUCCAGGCCCUGGAGGACAGCUGGCCAGUGGCAGGUCUUGGGCCAGGGCAUGCCCGACAUGUGCUCCGUAGCCUAGUAAACCAGAGCAUGGAGGAUGGGGAGGAGCAAGUACGCAGGCUUGGGUCCCUAGCCUGUUUCCUGAGUCCUGAAGAGCUGCAGAGUCUGGUGCCCUUGAGUGAUCCAAUGGGGCCAGUAGAGCAAGGCCUGCUGGAGUGCGCUGCCAAUGGGACCCUCCGCCCAGAAGGACGGGUGGCAUAUGAACUUCUGGGAGUAUUGCGUUCAUCCGGAGGAGCUGUCUUAAGCCCCCGAGAGCUGCGGGUCUGGGCACCUCUCUUUCCCCAGCUGGGCCUCCGCUUCCUGCAGGAGCUCUCAGAGCCCCAGCUUAGAGCCAUGCUUCCUGCCCUACAGGGAGCCAGCGUCACACCUGCCCAGGCUGUUUUGUUAUUUGGAAGGCUCCUCCCUAGGCACGAUCUAUCCCUGGAGGAACUCUGCUCCUUGCACCCUCUGCUGCCAGGUCUCAGUCCCCAGACACUCCAGGCCAUCCCUAAACGAGUUCUGGUUGGGGCUUGUUCUUGCCUGGGCCCUGAGCUGUCAAGGCUUUCAGCCUGCCAGACCGCUGCACUGCUGCAGACCUUUCGGGUAAAAGAUGGUGUUAAAAAUAUGGGUGCAACAGGUGCUGGCGCAACCGUGUGCAUUCCUGGUCAGCCCAGCCCCACCACUUGGCCAGACUGCCUGCUUCCCCUGCUCCCACUAAAGCUUCUACAGCUGGACACUGCGGCUCUUCUGGCGAACCGAAGGCGCUAUCGGCAGCUGCCUUGGUCUGAGCAGCAGGCACAGUUUCUCUGGAAGAAGAUGCAGGUGCCUACCAACCUGACCCUCAGGAAUCUGCAGGCUCUGGGCAACCUGGCAGGGGGCAUGUCCUGUGACUUUCUGCAGCAGAUCAGCUCACUGGUUGAUUUCCUCGCCGUGGUGCACAUGCUCUACCAACUGCCCACCGGUGUUCGAGGGAGCCUGCGGGCCUGUAUCUGGGCAGAGCUACAGCGGAGGAUGACAAUGCCAGAGCCAGAGCUGACUCCCCUGGGGCCAGAACUGAAUGAGCUCGACACAAAGCUACUCCUGGACUUACCGAUCCAGCUGAUGGACAGAUUGUCCGGUGAUUCCAUUAUGUUGGUGGUCGAGUUGGUCCAAGGUGCCCCGGAGCAGCUGCUGGCCCUGACCCCACUCCACAGGGCAGCCUUGGCAGAGCGGGCCCUAAAUGUCCUGGCUCCAAAGGAGACCCCGAUCUCAGAAGAAGUGCUGGAUACACUGGGCCCCUUGGUUGGAUUCCUGGGAAUAGAGAGCACACGACGGAUCCCUUUACCAAUUCUACUGUCCCAGCUCAGUCAGCUGCAGGGCUUCUGCCUAGGAGAGACAUUUACCACAGAACUGGGAAGGUUGCUGUUGCAGGAGCCUGUUCUUGGAAAGCCAGAGUUGUGGAGCCGGGACGAAGUAGAGCAAGCUGGACGCCUCGUAUUCACCCUGUCUCCUGAGGCUAUUUCUUUGAUCCCCAGGGAGGCUUUGGGCCCAGAGACCCUGGAGCGGCUUCUGGAAAAGCAGCAGAGCUGGGAGCAGAGCAGAGUGGGUCAUCUGUGUGGGGGACCCCAGCUUACCCACAAGAAAGCAGCUCUAGUAGCUGGACUUGUGCAGCCGGCUGCCGAGGGUCUCCAAGAACCCGUACCAAGCUGUGCAGACAUACGGGGCACCUUCCCAGCAGCCUGGUCUGCCACACAGAUCGCAGAGAUGGAACUCGCAGACUUUGAGGACUGUCUGUCACUGUUUGCUGGAGAUCCAGGACUUGGUCCCGAGGAACUGCAGGCAGCCAUGGGCAAGGCCAAGCAGUUGUGGGGCACUCCUCGGGGAUUCCGUCCUGAGCAGAUCUUGCAGCUGGGCCAGCUCCUGAGAGGUCUGGGAGAGCGGGAACUGCAAGAGCUUACGCUGGUGGACUGGGGUGUGCUCAGCAGUCUGGGGCAAAUAGAUGGCUGGAGCUCUGUCCAGCUCCGUGCCGUGGUCUCCAGUUUCCUGCGGCAGAGUGGUCGGCGUGUGAGCCACCUGGACUUCAUUUAUCUGACAGCGCUGGGCCACACACUCUGCGGCCUGCGGCCAGAGGAGUUACAGCACAUCAGCAGCUGGGAGUUUAGCCAAGCAGCUCUCUUCCUGGGCAACCUGCAUCUCCCAUGCUCUGAGGAACAGCUAGAAGUUCUUGCCUAUCUCCUUGUGCUGCCUGGCGGCUUUGGCCCAGUCAGUAACUGGGGACCUGAGAUCUUCACUGAAAUUGGCACAAUAGCAGCUGGCAUCCCGGACCUGGCUCUUUCAGCAUUACUGCGGGACCAGAUCCAGGGCCUGACUCCUCUUGCCAUUUCUGUCAUCCCUGCUCCCAAGUUUGCAGUGGUAUUCAACCCCACCCAGCUGUCUAGUCUCACUAGUGUCCAGGCUGUAGCUGUCACACCUGAGCAAAUGGCCUAUCUGAGUCCUGAACAGCGACAAGCAAUUGCAUGGGCCCAGCACGAAGGGAAGGAGAUCCUGGAACAAUGGGGUCGAAGCUCAGCCUGGGGCCUCUAUGACUGGUUCCAAUCCUCCUGGGCCCUGGCACUGACCCUCAGCUUUGUUGGCUUCCUGUUAUGAUACUGUUCCUUCAGUUGAGGGAGAAAGCUUGCACCAUACUGAACAUAUUGUGAAUGGCAGUGUGUUCUAAUUCUUCUCAGGAGGGACGUGGGUGAUGCGCUCCACUGCCCAACUGAGAAGCAGUGCUCCGGCAUAUGUGGCUCCUGCCAACAUGAAUGGCCCCACUCUUUGUUUUCACUUCCUGCUUCCUCCUCACCACCCCAACAGAAAGAACACAGACAGCUGGGACAUAAUAUGGAAUCUUUACUAGGACAGGGAGUGAGGGGCAAGUAGAACAGGCCACCAUUAAAUAUGCUU